AUGCCAACACCAAUACCGCUAACGAAAGCCAAGAAUCCGCCGCCACUGCCCCAUGAGUUGCACAACAACAUCAACAGCCAGUAUAGUAGCAGUGCGGCGCCCAGCAAUCAUCAACCUCAUCAGCAUACGCAUCCACACCCACAUCCUCAGCAGCAGCACCAGCAGCAGCAGCAACCACAUUCAAACACAAAAACGCUUAACACGAACAGCAACAACACACAAGGAACACCAACAACGGGAACGGGAGCAGCAACAACUGCCAGCAAACAACAACAGCAACCGGGAAACACCACCAACACACCAAUGAAGGCGUCGCGUGAGGCGACUCCCACAAGGGAGCAGCAUCAGCAACAUGCCACGCCCACACGCGAGCACCAGCAACAAACGCCCACUCGGCAGCAGCAACUGCAACGCGAACAGCAGCAGCAACACCAUCGCGAUAGGCAGCAACAUUUUCGCGAGCAACGCGAACAACGCGAGCGGGACAACACCAACAUGGACACAAACACCACCCCCACCACCAACAUCAUCAUCAAUAUUCAUCCGGAUCACAGCAGCAACACCAACGCUACAGCAGCAGCAACAACUACAAAUCUCAUAAUAAUUCCGUUUACCAAGCCAAUUUGCUUUGCUUGCGAGACAAAAUCCCCUGGAAAACCCCAAAAAUCGUACCUCCAUUCUAUUCUGUUCUCUGAUCCCAUUCAAGAUGACAAUUAG